UAACUACCCGCUGCCACGGAACCCUGAAAACUACCCAUAGGGCCUUUGUAGCGCUUGGCAAGCAGGGAAUCUGGGCAGCCAUCAACGUCAUUCGGUGACAUCAUACCGCCAACCCCCAAGAUGUGAGACAUGUCGGUGGCGAUUCCUCUUAAACUGCCGGGUCGCCCCCAACUGGGCGCGACAGACGUGCGCACGAGCUAUCGCCAUCAGACACGUCAAUGGACUUGAUGCUACCUCGUCGCUCAACUCCCGGUCUGCGACAAAUGUUAUACAAGCCUGCCUCCCUCCACGUUCCCCCGUUCGUGCCACCCGGGCCGACCCCAAACCUCAAAAGCCUUUCACACACUGCGACGUCCGAGAUCUUGUCCUCGAAAUGUCGUCCAGUGGCAGCGGUCGAAAGUCCGGUGACUACGGUCACGGCAGCACUCCCCGUUAUAACUCGAUCAGCAAUAAUCCGAAGACGUUUGUCGGUCGCUUAGCACCGCCAGAUCCGCGACCGUCGAGGGCCGAUCCCCACCAUCGCAGCCACCGAAAGAGCAAAGAAAAGGAGAGCGGCGGCUUCGAUUGGGGUGAAGGCAUUGCGCUCGCACUCAUCGGGGCGACGGCCCUCUUCAGCAUCGACAGGCAUUUGGACAAGAAGCGAAACAAAUGAAUGGCCGCUGCCGGGACGACAUAUUACGAACGAAUGACAUGAACGAAUCACGAAGUACAAGAUCAUGGCGCCAUAGCUUUUUGGUUAUUUGGAUAGUGUACGAUACUUAGGAGCAUAAGGAUGGCUGAAUCAUGCACACGAGCGUUGUCGAGUGCUUCAACAAUUGGAUUGUGAUUGAGAAUCCUCCACU